AAGAAAAGGCAUCCAACCCUAAAUUCUCUAUCUUCUCCAACUCCAUUUCUUGCUCUUAAGGCCACACGAUAUUUUUCUAUUGCUAACCCAUUACAGGUGGUGAUUAACAAGAUCAAUGAAGAUCAACAUAAAGGAAUCUAGUCUGAUACACCCAGCUGAAGAUUUGCCUAAUAAUCUCCAUCUAUGGCUCUCUAAUUUAGAUCGAACUCAUGAAAGAAACAACAUUCCUACAGUCUACUUCUAUAAGGCAGCUGAUCAUCCCAACACCUUUGAAGUUAAAGUGCUUAAGGAUGCUUUGAGCAAAGUUCUUGUGUUGUUUUAUCCGGCGGCCGGAAGGUUAGGAAGAGAUAACAAAGGAAGACUUGAGAUUGUUUGUAAUAAUGAAGGUGCGUUGUUCAUAGAGGCUGAAACAGACUACGAAUUAGAUGAACUUGGUGACUUGAUGCUCACACAAGUUUCUCAACUUAUUCCAUCUAUUGAUUAUUCACAAGGCAUCUCUUCUUUCCCACUCUUUACUGCUCAGGUCACUAAGUUCAAAUGUGGUGGACUAUCUCUCGGACUUCGAAAUCAUCACACAAUAGCAGAUGGCUUUGCGGCUCUCCACUUAGUUAACACAUGGUGUGAUGUUGCACGAGGCCUCUCCAUUACAACACCACCGUUCAUUGAUAGAACCAUUCUCCGCUGUAGAGACCCACCAACCCCAAAAUUUCAACACGUUGAGUAUGAUAAGCCACUUUCCAUGAGCUCUGACGCCCAAAUCCUAACAUCACAACAAAAUUGUAUUGAAAUCUUUAAGAUCACUCCUCAACAACUUCAAACCUUGAAAAACAAGGUAAAGAAUGUUGAUGGCAAAACAAAGUACACUACCUAUGAGACCUUAACUGCACAUAUAUGGCGUUGCACAUGCAAAGCACGUGCUUUACCUUAUCAUCAACUAACUAAGUUACUCGUACCCGUCGAUGGUCGGUCUAGAUUGCAUCCUCCACUUCCACCUGGCUUUUUUGGUAAUGUAGUCUUUACGGCAACCCUAGUUGUUUUAUCUGGCGAGAUUCUAGCAGAGACACUGAAGGAUACUGUUGAAAGAAUUCAUAACGAAUUAAAGAGGAUGGAUGAUGAGUAUAUGAGAUCGGCGAUUGAUUACUUGGAAGUUUUGGAUGACCUAACACCUACCUUCCGAGGCGCCAAUACUUGUCGAUGCCCAAACCUUAGCAUUGUUAGUUGGAUGAGACUGCCUUUCUAUGAUGCUGAUUUUGGAAUGGGAAAACCCAUAUUUGUGAGGCCUGCAAAUCCACUUGAAGGCAAGGGAAACAUAAUGAGAACUCAAAGUGAUGAUGGAAGUUGCCAAUUGGCCAUCUGCCUACAGGAAGAUCACAUGCAAUCCUUCCAAAAGUUGUUUUAUGAAUUUUGAUUUCUUAUGCAAGUGUGUACUGCUAUGAGUUUUAUGUGUGUGCAAUGAUCUACAUCGCUUUCUUCUUUCUACCUCAACAGAACAUUCCAAUUAUGUUGGAUGUCAUGUUUUCAGAUAUUGAGCUUACUAGU